AUGUCUUCCAAGCCACAAGAUCAACGUAAGUUCAAGUGUAAGUCGAAGAGAUCAACAGAAAGACAGGAUGUUGGGUCAAAUUCUUGUACAACUACUUAUCUUUUUUCUGGCAAUAAGUCUGGUGCCAAGACUUUAAUUGAAUAUGACAGUGAUGAAACUUUGGAAAUCAAAGAAGAAGUCAUCCAAGAUCCAACGACAAUCAUUUGCCAAAAAGGGAAUCAAGCAAAUGAGUCGAAAUUUUGUACCUUUUAUAUAAGAGCCGAUAAUUUUUUGGAGGUUACGCGCAAACCGAAGACCCUAAAGAAGCAGAAAAGUCAGGAAUCGAAACCAAAUAAGAAAUAUACAUGCAACAAGUGUGCGCGAAGCUAUGCCCGGAAAGGAACUUUGACUGCUCAUCAAAAAUUCGAAUGCGGCGUCAGUCCUCAGUUCAGAUGUGAAUUUUGCGGCAAACUAUUCAAAUGGAAAAGUGACAUGAAUGUACAUGUAGAUCGCGUGCAUCGCAAGAAAAGACCAACGACGUCGAUAUUAAUGCAUAAAUGCGACAAAUGUUCUCAAAGUUACAGAUUCUCAGGUUCCUUAAAUCGACAUAAACGUUUAGAACACGCAGCAGUCAAACCACAAUUCAGCUGCGAUGUUUGCGAGUACAAAAGUAAACGCAAAUCUAACUUGUCAAGUCAUAUUAUUUUAAAACAUUUAAAUAAGUCAUAAGUGUUAUGCGCGCAAAACUUCAAUCCUCACGAGAAACUUUCAUACUAAUUGAAAAAGUUUAUUUGUGCAUUACAUUAUAAUUAAUUGCAUAUCUUAAAUUACUUCCUUCAAAAUUACUAUAUAAUACUCGAUUUUUUUUCGGUUGUUGAAGGUUGAUGGCUCAUAAGGCAAUGUUAUUUCUUUCAAAAAGUUAUAAAAAAAGUACUUUAAACUUUUUUCUGAUAUGCGUUAUUAUUGGAAUAUUUGAUAAAAUAUGAAUAAAUUUAAUUUUCAGUUCUAAUAAAUAAUCAAUGGGUGUGUCAAUCAACAGAAGGAACAUAUUAAGGCAGUUGCCGUGCCAAAAGUCAGAUAUCUGGUAAAAAUAGUUUUUAUAUGAUUUUAAGAAUGAAAAUUUUAGAACUGAUGUAAUUUCAAACAAGG